AUGCUGCCUCAAUUACCAAAAAUAUAAGAUAGGUCAUUUCAAUAUGGUGAUAACCCAUUCUAUGUACCAGAUGAAUAUGAGAUAUUCAAAUUGAAAGAGAAAUCAAAAUUAGCAAGAUCUGAAGAAAGAAUAAAGUUUUCAAAAUUGAAGAUUGAAGAUAAGAGUAAAAAAUAAAAAGGUUUUUUCACUGUAAGAACUAUUGACCGUUUGGGAAGUGAAGAAACAUCUUUUGAUAGAGAAGAAUAAGAUAAGAUGUAUUAAUUAUAUAUGAUUUUAAGUAAUAUAGUAGAAGCUGCUAAUAGUGCAUUAAAAAAUAGAGUUAGAUUAAGAGAACCUAUGCAUUAAUUUUUAGAGAAAAAAAAAGAAAUGUUAUUAUUUUCGAUGCUAAUCGAUUAAAAAAGAGAAAUGAUUGAUGAAUAUGAAAAGUAAGCUAGAUUUCAUAGAAAAGGUUUAGAAUAAAGUGAGCAAUUAAUUGAUGAUGAUAUUGAAAUGUUCAAUAAAUUUUUAGAAGCUAAUAAUAAUAGUUCAAGAGAUGCAAUUAAAGAAGCAGAAAAUGAAACUAGAUUAAAAUAAGAAAAAACUAAUGAGAUUAAAGUUUUAUAAGAACAUAGAACAGAAUUAAUGACUAAAAAUUAAUAAAAAGUUGAUAAUUUAGAAGACAUAAUAAAAUACAAGAAUUUUUUAGACAGAAUAACUCCAAAAGAAUUUAAAAAAUAAAUUAGUAAAAAAUAAAACAAGAAUAAAAAUAAAAAUAAUCUUUAAGAAAAUAAAAUAAGUUCUGAUUUAUAAAAAAUAUUGGAUGAUUCUGAUGAUGAAUUUGAUUCAUAUUUUAAAGAUCCAAAUUAAUUAUUUGAUAUAUUCUAAUAAUUGGAAGAAAGAAAUCUAUUUCUAAUAGCAAAUACAAAAGAAAGAGAGUAAAUGGUUGAAGAAUUGAGAUCAAAGGUAGACUUAAAAAAAAAAUAAUUAGAAGAUAAGAAAUAAAAUGCUAUUUAAAAUAAAUUAGAAUUAGAGAAAUAGAUAAUUACAGUAAAUGAUUAAAUAAAAACUUUAAAAAGUAUAAAGAGUGAUAAUGAGGGAUUUGAAUCUCUUCGUAAUUUAGAAUAAAUGAUUUCUCGAAUGUAUAAAACAGAUCUAAAUCCAGAACCAAGAAAAGAUAUGUCAGGAUUAGAAAUGUUAAGAGAAACAGAAAGAAAGUUAGAAUAAUAUAUUUUAGAAAUAAAAAGAUAUAGAUAGAUAGCACCAGACUUGGUAUUAGAAAAGGAAAAAGGAUGUAUAAGAUUGAAGAAGGAUAAAAUGAAAUAAGAAAAAUAAGAAUAAGAUUUAAUUGAAAUGCAGAAAAAAUAAUAAGAAUAAUAAAAAGAAAUUGUUAUUUAAAAAAGAAAUGGAAGACCAAUUAUGAUAAGAUCAUGGCCACCAAAAGAAGAAAAAGAAGAAUAAAUUGUAACAGAAAUUAGUGAGGAAGAGAAAGAGAGAUUAAAGUAUUUUACAUGAUAAAUAUAUAUUUAUAUAUAUAUAUAUAUAUUCUUUAAUUUAUUAUCAGAAUGAUAUGUCCUUAAUACUUAUUGGAUUCCAUCAAUAAUUGUAAUGAAAGAGUAAUAAAGAGAGCAUAUGAAAGAUUGGAGGGUAAACAAGUACAAACUAAAUUAAAUUAAGAAUCUAGUAGAGGUCUGUUAAUAAUUGAAAUAAUCUCUAAGGACACAAUUAAGUUUACAUAGUGUUUAAGAAAAAAAGACUGACAGUAUAUUACUAUUCAUAUAUUUAUUAGAUAUCAGUUCAUUAGCAUUAUUAUUAUUAGCAUUAUGCAGCUAUAAAUUAAAUGAUUUUAAUUUAAGUCAUCUCAUUUCUUACUUUGGAUGUUCCCAAGAGAUUCCAUCAUAAGAUUCUUAAGAAUUCGAUUAAGUAGAAUGGCGAAAAUUAGAAUUAGAAUGGAUAUCAAUACAAUCUUUAUAGAAAUUGAAUCAGUUAUAAGAAUGCAUACUUAAAAUAGAAACUGUUUAAAAAUAAAUAUAAAAUAGCAAAAACAGAAAAACAUGGGCUUAAUUAGAAAUUAUUUUAGAAUAGAAAAAAUCUUAUUUACAAGAUUAUGUUGAUAAUAAAUAGAGAAUAUUUUAAAUGUAUAAUGAUCAAGAAAAAGCAGCUUUAGCUAAAAAAUUAUAAUCAUUAUUACUAAAAUAAGAGUAGGAUAGAUAUUUUGAAUAAGAAGGUUAUCCAGCUUAUUUAAUAAAUUCUUAAUGGAUUGCUCGUUUUAGUUUAUUUACAAAAUAUUAUGAAUUAACAAGAGAAAAUCCAGAUUAAUUAAAAUAGUUCAUCGCUAAAAAGAAUGUAUAUUUUAAUAAUAUUAUUUAAAAGAAUUCAAUGGAAGAUGAAACCUUUGUAGAAAUUUUUAAAUAAUAUUGCAAUCAUUAAACAUAUGAAGAAUUAGAAAGAAUAUCAAAUUAAACUUAAAAUUCUGGUGAAAUAUAAAUCUGUCCAAUAUUCAAUGAUGAUUUAAUUGAUUUAUACACAUAAUUUGAGAGGGAUCCAUUGAAAGCAAAAAAUUAUUCAAAUUAUGCAUUGAAUAAAUCUAUUAGAGAAAAUUAAAAUUUUAUAUUUGUCAGCAGUUAAAUUUGGAGAUUUUUCUAUGGUUUAUUUGGUGGUAUUGAAAUAAAAAGAAUAAUUUUAUGUAGAAGUAGACAUGCAGUUGAAACUCAUUUAUUUUAAGUUAAAUGUUAAUUAUUUCCACAACAAUAAUAAAGAAUUAUAAAUUUAUAAUUUAAUGGAAAUGAAAGAUUGGAAGAUCUAAUAAAUAAAGUAAAUAGGAUAACUAAUUAAAAAAUAAGGAAUAUUUGGAAAAUAUCAAAAGAAAUUAAUUAGGAUGAAUUAAUGAAAAAUUAAUCUGUAGUUGGUACAAAAUUAAGUAGAGAUAAUAUUUUAGAAGUAUUUUUAGAUAUUAUAUAAGUAAGCUGAAAUAGGACCUGAAGAAAUAUUGUUAUUAGAAUUUGAAUAAGAUUAAUAUAGAUUGGAAAAAAAAGAAAAUUUGUAAACAAUAUUAAUUCCAAAUAAAUGUAUGAGUUGUGGUAGUUAAGAAUCUUAACUCUAUUUAUGUGAAUGUAGAAGUGUUAAAUAUUGUAAUGAAACUUGUUAAGUUAAUGAUUUGAAGAAUCAUUAAGAAGCUUGUAAAAGUAAUACUUUUAUAUAAAUAUUAGAAAUUAUGGAAAAAGAUUCUUUAAUAAAUUAAUUGGCUAAAAAACAUAGAGUGAGACCUCCAGCUAAAAUUGUUAAAAAUUCUGCUAAAGGAAUAUGUGGAUUAACUAAUUUAGGAAACACUUGUUUUAUGAAUUCAAGUUUAUAAUGUUUAAGUAAUGUUACUGAAUUAACUGAAUAUAUGAUAUACAAUACUUAUCUCUAAGAUUUGAAUGAAAAAAAUCCAUUAGGAACAGGAGGGAGAUUAGCUUGCAAUUAUGCUGAAUUAUUAAAAGAACUAUAUGAAUCUACAUCAACAAGUGUGGCACCUUGGAAUGUUAAAAAAAUUAUUGGAUAAUAAGCGCCAUAAUUUAAUGGUUAUAGUUAAUAAGAUUCUUAAGAAUUACUCUCAUAUUUAUUAGAUGGUUUGCAUGAAGAUUUGAAUCGAAUUAAAAAAAAACCAUAUAUUCCAGAUGUAGAAUACAAAGGUUAAAGUGAUUAAGAAUUUGCUGAUAUUUAUUGGGAAAAUCAUAAAAAAAGAAAUGAUUCCAAAAUUAUAGACCUCUUUACUGGAUAAUUUAAAUCAAGGGUAGAAUGUCCUGAAUGUAGCUUUGUAUCAAUAACUUUUGAUCCUUUUGUUACAAUUUCAUUACCUAUUCCUAGUAAAGAAUAUAUUUAAUUUUAAUUUUAUUUAAUAUUUAGAGAUUCUAAUUAGACACCAUUGAAAAUUUAAUAAACUUUGCAAUCAACUUAAACAGCAGGAGAAAUCAUAGAAAUAAUUUCAAAGAUAAAAAAUAUUAAAUCCGAAUAUCUUAAAUUUUAUUCUUUACAAGAUUCAGCCAUAAUUGAUAAUGGUAUAUCAUCAGACUAAACGAUAAAGUAAAUCAAAGAGUCUUAAGCUACUACAUUUUUGUAUGAAGAAUUUGAUGAAAAAAUAGAUAAACCUAUAUCUAAAUAUGAUCCUAAAAUUAAAUCCCCAUUUUAUUAAGUUCUUUGUAAUGUAAGAAAAUUAGAAGAGAAUAGAUUAAAUCAAUAAAAUUACAGAAUAUCUUUUACAAGAAUUUGUUAUGUUGAUAGUCACACAACUUAUUAGGAACUUCAUCUAAUAAUAUAUUAAAUUUUUAGAACUCAUAUAAUUCAAGUGGGUGAUUUGACUUUGAAUUUUAAUCUAAAUAAAGAUUUUGAAUAAUUCUUAAAAAAUAUAAAAAAAUUCAUAUAUAAAGAUUAAAUUGAAGAAUAUCAAGAAUUAUUAAAAUUAAAAGAAAAUAUUUAUUAACUACAAGAUGAUAGUAAUAAACCUUUACCUUUUACAGAUAAAUAAAUAGAUAUAACUGGAAAAUCUAUAAUUUUAAAUGUUUAAUUUAAAUUGCGAGCUGAACUUUUGAAAUUAAAUAAAUGUGUUGAUGCAGAAUUUACACUCUAAGUUCCUAAUUAAAGUUUAUAAUAAGCAAUUACAUUAAAUGAUUGUUUAAGUCAAUUUUGUUAAGAGGAAGUCUUAGGAGCAGGAAAUGAAUGGUAUUGUUCUAAAUGUAAAAAACAUUAAAAAGCAAAGAAAUAAAUGCAAAUAUAUAAAGUAUGAUAUAAUAAAUUUAAAUAGGCACCUUAAAUUAUGAUACUGCAUUUAAAAAGAUUUCGAUCAACAAGAGUAACUUAAUUUUAUGGAACUUAUUCAGUUGGAGGAGUCUCCAAAAUUGUCUAACAUGUAGAUUUUCCUGUUGAAAAUUUUAACAUUUAACCAUUCAUUUUAGAAAAAGUAUUUUUUUUAAUUAAAAAUAAAGGAAUCAUAAUAACCUUAUGUAUAUGACUUAUUUGCAGUAUCAAAUCACUAUGGAGGAAUGGGCGGAGGACAUUAUACAGCCUAUGCAAAGAAUCCUAUGUAUAAUGCUUGGUUUGAUUUUAAUGAUUCAUAAGUCAAGGAAUUAAGAUCUAAUCCAGUAACUGAUGCAGCUUAUGUUUUAUUUUAUAGGAGAAGAAAAGUAAAAUGA